AUGGGCGAUGAGCUACUAAACGGAUACGGCGACUCCGUGCUAGGGCAGUACGACGGAAAGGCUCCAGAGGCUUCCCAAGGCCAGGCUGCAAUCACCAGUGUUGCCACAACUGAGAAGCCACAUCUAGCAAAUGGUAAAGUCAAUGGCGCCGACGGUACUGAAACCCAUCUGCGCAAUUCAGAACGCGACAAGAGCGAUUCCGAGGCCGAGACCGUCGUUUUGUCAGGCAAAGUUGACGACCAGAAAAAUAAAGCGACUAAGGCGAUAAAACUGGAGGAUGCUGAGUCUAGCUCAGAAGCGGAGUUGAAUGAUGCGUCGACGAGGCAAGGUCGCACCGCGCUUCGUAAAGGCAUAGAUGGAAGUCGCAGGACACCACUCAAAAGGAAACGUGGAGAAGAACUCCCAAACAACGAAGCAAACCAGCACGAGCGAAGCGCUAGCCAUGCCAGCUCUUCUAACUCCUCUCCUGCUCCUCGCAGGCAUUCUUCCAAGUCCAGCGAGUCGCAUUCGGAUCGUUCGAGGUCGUCACCGCCUGCUGAUGAUGAUCAAAAAGGGAAAUCGCGGAAGCGCACAGCCGCUGGAGAUAAGAAGCCGGCACACAAACAUCGAAGAUCAAGAGAAAUCACCUCAGACUUCAUUGAUGCCAUAGACGGCCGGGUCAGAAGAGGCAAAACCAAUCAUGACCAACGUUCGCAAAGGUCCGAAUCUCCUCAGCAACAGACAAAAUCGCGGGUCAGACCCACACAGGUCAACGCCCCACCAACACAUUUUGUAAAGAAAAGACGCAAGCCCGCUCCAUUGAACGUUGACCGCCGGACAAGAGCUUCUGAGGAUGUUCAAAUUGAGUCCGAUGACAGUAGUUCGGUCCACAGCCAUCGUCGCUUGAAAAGAUUACCGUCUGGCGCAAUGUCACCCGCCAAGAUAUCGCACAAAAAGAACCGUGAUCGAAAUGGGCGAACAUUGCUUGCCCGCGCAUGUAUGCAAGGAGUUGAAGAAGCAAGACGAUGGGUCAAUGAACGGCCUCAAGAUAUCAACGAACCCGACAAUGCAGGUAACACGCCAUUGCAGAUUGCAAGCUUAGCAGGCAUGGACGAGGUAGUUAAGCUGCUGCUGGAUACCGGGUGCGACAUAUCUUGCAGGAACAUAGACCGAGACACACCUUUGAUUGACGCUGUCGAGAACAGUCAUCUUGACGUUGUUCAAAUACUUCUCAAAGCCGGUGCAGACCCAAGACAGAGGAACGCAAAGGGACAAGAGCCAGUUGAGCUUGUCGAUUUAGACGAUGAAGUUGGUGGAAAAAUCCAAGCCGCCCUUCUCCAAGCAAGAAGAGAAAGUGACGGGAUGAGGAAACCAUCUGAGGACCACAGACAAAGCUCGGGUCGCGAUAUUGACACUCCAUCCGCCCUUGGACCUGGUGCAAGCCCCACUGGCAACAAUCGCUCACCGCCACCGUUCGACUUGGGAGGCAGAAAACGGGGGGUAAGAAGUCAGCACACGGAUGAUGCCCUUCUUUGGGUCAAUGCAACUCCACAGCGCCUUCUCGUUGAGGCGGGUAACGGCAACCUAAAAUUCGUUGAUCAUAUCCUGAAAAUGAGACCAGAAGCCGAAACUGACGCUGUACUUGCUGCUGUCAAAGGUGGACAUUUUGAUAUCCUUAAUCUGAUGGUUGCGAUGGCAUCUCCAGAUCCAGAUCCUGAACCUCUUUAUUCCCCCGACCAUCGCCAAGGAUUCAACACCCCUAUGCUGGCAGCGAUAGGCCGUGGUAGUCCUGAUAUUGUUCAGUUGCUUUCCAACCAAUCAGGUUUCAACCCAACUCGCCGCAUGUUCAAGGGCCUUAGUUAUUCGGAACUCGCAAAAGAGAGGAAAGGCGAAGCAUGGGAGGACGAAGUAGUGAUAUUGGAAAACGCGAUCCAAGACUACGAACAUCAUGGUGGGCGACGGAGCCAUACUUCUUCUCCCAAAAGGGUCAGAACAAAGCGGACUGUGCCAAAGGAGGAGUCGUCUGAGCCUUCAAGCUCUCCUCAAGAGCAUCGGAGGGUUCGAAAUUCAGAUCCUCAGAUCAAAGAGGAUCCGGAUAAUGAAUUAAAAAGGCGGCCUUCAUGGCAUGGUACAGCUGCAAGGCAACGAGGCAUCGAACACGAUCCGACACCUUCGGAUCGUUUGCCUAACCGAAUAAACACUCACAAAUCAAGGAUGGGAGACCAGCGGACUGUGGAUGUUGACUCUGCCAUGGCCCAUCAGCGGACCGACAGCCUCAAGCCGAAGCGUAAACUCAUGUCAGGGAAUGAAUUAAAGUCGGACCAGGAAGGUAGAAGAAGAUCUAAAGCUCCUGAAGACGAACAAAUGGAAGCUUCUCAAAGCGUUCGAAAGCCCAAGCAUCGCCAGUCGUUCUCCAAUCAUACAGGCCAGCGGGAUACAUUAGAGGAGAACAAAAGAGUUACUAAUAAAGUGAAGAAAGCAUCGUCAGAGGAGCCUGCGCGGAUCGCAGAAGACCCAAGCAAAAAACGUAUGCGCGUGAGCGUUAGUCCCCAGGCAAGCAAGUCAGAUUUGACCGAAGCAAGUAAGAAGAAAAAGCGCCAAAGGGUGAACUCACACGACAACGCCACUGAGCAAGAGCAUCCCAUCCAAGCACCUUCAAUACCUAUGAUUGGCGACAUAGUUUCCAGUCCAACCUCUCUACAGUCGCCUGCACAUGGGACUGCACCUGUUGCUUUUAUGGGCGCCUCUACUUCGUCUGGAUCAGGCCAGUCUUCAGCAAAACAAGAAUCGCCCACUGCGUUUACUUCACCCGUAAGCCACGCGGUCUCACAAAAGUCACUUCCGCCACCACCCGCUGCGCCUGAAAACUCACACAAUGUAGGGGGUAGACAUGUUGCCGGGAUUGAAAGAAUGGAAGUAGUUGCUACCGAUCAGCGGCGAAGUGAAGCAGAACGACUACAGGAAGAAGCGGUCAAGCGAAAAGAGGCAUUGCUGGAACGGCAAGAAAAGGAACUUCAGAAGCGUUUGAAGCGCGAGCAUGAAGAGGCCCAAUUCGAAGCCGAACGCCAGGCUCUUGAAGCAGAGAGACGGGCUCAAGCUGAUCGCGAAGCAGAAGAAGCACGUGUAGCCAAAGCAAAAAGAGACGAAGAGCUCCAACGUCGUCGGCUGGAAGAGGAACGAGCACGGAAGGAGGAGCAGGAACGGCGGCGGAGAGAGCGAGAAGAUCGAGAGCGGUUACGACGUGCACAGCAACAAGAGGAGGAAGCCAGGGCACGGCUGGAGGCUUUGCCCAAUGGAUUGCGUAGAGCGACAGAAAUAGGCCCGGAGAAGGCUCGGGACCGCAAGGAGAUCAAGAGAUGGUUACCGCUACGCACUGCCACUACCUACGAUUUGGAUCCCAGCUGUUCCGCAGAAGUUGCGCAUGAAGAAUGGAUUGUGAAUGUUCAAGCUGCACCGCUAUUGGCAAACCAAGAUCUUGAUCUCUCCCAGUACACAGCUUGGACGCGACUCAUGGCAACCUCACAUCACCUCGAAUACCUCUGGCGCCAAUUUCGGCGCCUGAUGGCCGUUGCUGUAUCCACCUCUUUCCUCAGCGCAAAAGAGGCCAUAGCCCUCGAAUACGAAACAAAGCCUAAGUUUUUCAAUCUCACAGUAUUCUGGAUCAAGCUGGCAGACUUCAAGGAUAUCGUUCCUCGGCAUCCACAUCUGAACGGAAUGAAUCUUGGCAACCAGCCCAUGGCAUUGAACUUCAUCUACAAGGGGCAACCCUCGACGCCAAAAUUGACUUCCGGUGAAAAUGGACACGCAGGAAGUCCGCUUGUCAAUGGGCAUCUGACCAACGGGGACUAG